CAGAUAUUGAAGUGAAUUUUUUCCCGCCUAAUAAUUUCUAGCUCCUUUCUUUUUGUCUCGCUACCCCGCCCCCCCUCGUUCGAUUUCACCAAAGCAUCCAUAAUCCAUAACCUCCGAAGCACACAGCUAGCAAAUCGGUGAAACUGAAAGGAAGAUCAUGGAGGAGGUGGUUCUAGUUGGUCAACUGCUGGACCAGACUCUUUGCCCUGACAGCAACGCUGUACUUGCAGCGGCUGAAGCUCUGGAUCGCUUCUCUCUCGCUGCUCAUUUUCCUUUCUCUCUUCUCACAAUCGCCAUCGGAGGUGAGAAUCAAGGACAGAGAGUUGCUGCUGCCACCUAUAUGAAGAAUCUUAUGAGGCGAAACAUUGAAAGUCGUGAUACAACUUCAAACAGCAGCAAGGAGUUAAAAGACCAGCUUAUGCAAGCUUUGCUUAAAGCGGAAGGUGCUGUUCUAAAAGUUUUACUUGAAGCGUUCCGGGUCAUUGUUGUUGCUGAGUUUGUGAAGCAGAAUUCUUGGCCUGAACUUGUAUCCACACUAUUGUCUGCGAUUCAAAACAGUAAUCUAAUCAAUGGUGAAGUGAUUUCUGAAUGGAGAACUUUGAAUACUGUUAUGAUUCUUCAUGCAGUCAUUAGGCCUUUCCAGUACUUUUUGGAUCCAAAAGUUGCAAAGGAGCCAGUGCCACCACAACUAGAGUUAAUAGCGAAAGAAAUUCUGGUUCCCUUGCUGGCAUUAUUCCAUCAUCUUGUUGGAAAGAUUUUAGCUGUCAAUAAUCAGAUGGAGCUGGAAAUGGAAAAAGUCCUUCUUGUCAUCUGCAAAUGCAUAUAUUUUGCUGUGAGGUCACAUAUGCCUUCUGCUUUGGCUCCUUCACUGCCUUUAUUCUGUCAUGAUCUGUUUGGGAUUCUCAGUUCUUUGCAUUUUGAUUGCGGUGUUACUCCAGAUGAUGGGUACUUACUGAGGUUGAAGGCUGGAAAGAGGAGUUUGCUUAUUUUCUGUGUUCUGGUUACCCGACAUUGGAAGUUUUCUGACAAGUUAAUGCCAGACAUUGUAAAUUGUGCUUUAAAGAUAACCAAAUAUAGCUCAAACAUUAGUAAGCUUGAUUUCGUAUCUGAGAGGAUUAUUUCAGUAGCUUUUGAUGUCAUUUCACGAGUGCUGGAGACAGGCCCUGGAUGGAGAUUAGUUUCGUCGCAUUUUUCAUAUUUGUUGGACUCUGCAAUCUUCCCAGUGCUGGUGCUGAAUGAGAAGGAUAUAUCUGAGUGGAAAGAAGAUGCGGAUGAGUACAUACGGAAAAACCUUCCUUCUGAACUUGAAGAAGUUUGUGGAUGGAGGGAUGAUUUAUUUACUGCUAGAAAGAGUGCUUUGAACUUACUUGGUAUUAUUUCAAUGUCAAAGGGUCCUUCUGUAGUUACUUCUGCUGCUGGUUCUUCAUCAACAUCCAAGCGCAAGAAAGGUGAGAAGAAUAUGAGAAAUAAUCAGCGCCGUUCCAUCGGGGAGUUAUUGGUCCUUCCAUUUUUGUCAAAGUUUCCCAUUCCCUCAGAUUCCACAGCAUCCGAAGCUAAAACUCUUAAUAAUUAUUUCGGUGUUUUGAUGGCUUAUGGUGGCUUGCAAGAUUAUCUUACGGAACAAAAUCCAGGAUACACAAUGACUUUGCUUCGUACAAGGGUACUUCCAUUGUAUUCUGUGUCUAAUUGUCCACCACACUUGAUUGCCUGUGCAAAUUGGAUACUUGGAGAGCUUGCUUCCUGCCUGCCUGAAGAGAUGAGUGCAGAUGUAUAUUCCUUGCUACUAAAGGCAUUGACAAUGUCUGAUAACAUGAUAUCCUUGUAUCCUGUGCGGGUUUCUGCUGCUGGGGUGGUUGAACAGGGCUUUGAGGCAUUAGCAGUGAUAACUAAAACUUGGGAAAGUUGCAUGCCUGAAGAGGUUGAGCAGAAUCAAUCUAGUUACAACUGGGAUUGUGGCCGAGGUGCCAUUGCCAAAUCUUUGUCAGUUCUUCUGCAACAAGCUUGGCUUACACAUAUGCCUUCAUUGAAUGAGGGAGAUGAAGUUUUUGCUCCAUCAUCAUGCAUAGAUUAUUCAUCUACUUUGCUGCACUGUAUUAUGCUCUCCAUUACCCAAAGCAGUGUCAUUGAGGAGCUCAAACUAUCAGAACUGUUGUUAGCUUGGGCUGAUCUGCUGGCGAACUGGAAUGCUUGGGAAGAAUCAGAGGACUUGGCAGUCUUUGACUGCAUUAUGGAAGUUGUUAGUCUAGAUAAUAAAUAUGGGCUGAAGAAUUUCCUUGUUAGAAAGAUCCCGUCCCCACCAGCUCCACCUGUCUCCAAACGGUCCAUUAUUGAAGGUCUCAGUACUUUUGUUAGUGAAGUUAUUCUUCAAUAUCCAUCUGCUACAUCGAGGGCUUGUUCAUGUGUCCACAUUUUGCUACAUGUCCCCAGCUACUCAUCUGAAACUGAAGGUGUGAAGCAGGCACUGGUAGUUGUGUUCAGCAGAGCAGCAUUUUCUCAUUUCCGAAAAAUUCGCGGCAAGCCUUGUUCCCUGUGGAAGCCUCUGUUGCUUGUCAUAUCAUCAUGUUAUUUGUGUUUCCCUGAUAUUGUAGAGGAGAUUUUAGAGGAGGAAAAAGGAGGAUUUGCAAUCUGGGCAUCUUCACUGGCUUCUGCUUGCACUUGCACUGUUGAACCUGGUCUCUCAGAAGAAUCUGAGAUAAAGUUAGGAGUAAUGGCACUCGCAAAAGUACUUGAGAGGUUGUUGGAAGUGGGGAUUACUAGUGGAGGACUGCUGCGGGACUGCUUUAUUUCACUUAUGGAUGCAUCUAUAAGGCUGAAAGAAGUACAGGAAAAUAUGGAAGAUGAUGAAGAUGGAGAGGAUGAAGAUGAUGAGAACAGCGAAGAUGAUGAAGGAACAGAAGAUGAGGACGAGGACUCCCAGAGUGAUGAUACUGAAGAAACUGAAGAACAUUUUCUGGAAAGAUAUGCUAAAGCUGCUGCCAUAUUGGAAAAUAGUACAGUUAUUGAAGAGGGAGAUUUGGAGGAUCAAGAACAUGAAACUAUCUUGGGUUCUUUAGAAGAAGUUGAUCAACAGAAAGUUGUUUUCUCGCUGAUGGAAAAAUACCACCACGUCCUCAUACGAGGCCAGGCCUUGCCAGCAGAGCUUGUGUCAAGUUUCGUGCGUAGUUUCCCUGAAUGCAACCUAUUCUUCCGAGGAUACUAAUUUUGGUACUACCAUUAGAAAGAUCUGCUGUUCUUAUUGCUCCUGGUGCCGGAUGUUUAAAAGUUGGGUUUUGGCUGUAAAAUUUAAAAAAGUAGUCAGCUGAUGGGGCGGCUGCGUUCCUGUGGCUUGUUUUAAGCCGUAGAGCUUUUUCGGCCGAGCAUCUUGGGUAUGCAUUUUAAGGGAGUUGUUACAUGGCAUAGGAUUCGAGGGAUGGCUGGAAGUUGAUACCAACUCUGAUGUUCUCUUAUGUUUGGUUAUGAAUGUUCUCUACAGAAUCAAAAUUUAGAUAUUGAUAGAAAUAAGUUAGAUUGGGUU